AUGCCCGGUGGAAAAGGCAAGACCGGCGGCAAGACCGGCGGCAAAGGCGGCGACUCCAGCGCGAAGAAACAACAUUCUCACUCCGCGAAAGCGGGACUGCAGUUCCCCUGCGGCCGCAUAAAGCGCCACCUGCGCAACAUAACGCGCAACCGGACGCGCAUCGGCGCCAAAGCCUCCAUCUACCUGACCGCCGUGCUCGAGUACCUGACAGCCGAAGUCCUGGAGCUAGCAGGCAACGCCGCGAAAGACCUGAAAGUCAAGCGCAUCACUCCGCGACACCUGCAGCUUGCGAUUCGCGGAGAUGAGGAGUUGGAUACGCUGAUUCGGGCAACGAUCGCGUUCGGUGGUGUGCUGCCGCAUAUCAAUCGCGCGCUGUUGUUGAAGGUUGAGCAGAAGAAGGGCGGGAAGAAGGCGGUGGAGGCGUAG